GGGCUGUCUACGCCGCGCUAUACACGAAAGACGAGUCCGAACCAGCUCUCUACAUCGACCUUUGCGCACCUCUGUUUUAAUUCAACUAAUAAGAGCGUCAGGAUUUAGGGGCUUUAGCCAGAUAUCAAAUCUUCGCACAAAUUCUAUUUAGCAAAGAUCGCUCCACACUACGAUCGUGUUGCCAAUCAAACACGCCCAUCAUUCUCAAUAUCGAAAUCAUUUCACGAUACGAUGGCCAACGACCGUGUGACAAAAGAUCAAUUCCAAUUAGCCGUGACCGCUGCCGUUGAGCAGCGUGCUCGUGCCUAUACGACGUCCUUCGCUUUACACGUCCGAUGGGAGGACGACAACACAGAAGCCGAAAGAGACUAUGCCAACUUUCAGUCAUUUCUCCAUGCUUUCGGCUUUGGCCCCCCAGAGGUCCUAACGCUUGCCUGUGAUGACUCGGCACCAGGAUUGACCGUCAUUGAAAGCUUUGGUAAGAUGAUAAAAGCCGCGCUGGGAGCCGCUGCUGGCGGACGUACUAUCGUCUUCUUCCAUUAUGCGGGGCAUGGUAAACGUGGCGUUAACGACGAACUCCUCUUUACUGCAGCGUCAAGUUCAAAGUCAAUCAAGGCUCAUGGUUUACUCAGUGUCGUCGACGUCGUCUUGGAUGAUAAUUCACCCGUUGACGUUGUCUUUGUUCUCGAUUGCGGCUACAGCUUCCUAACGACCAAAGCAGUAAUACCGAUCGGUCGAGUGGUUGAAGUCCUGGCGGCUGUUGAUUUAAAUACGCCAGGUGUAUUUGUCCCCGGCCAGCGGGUGUCAUUUACAGGGAAGCUAGCAACACAGGUUGCAUUCCUGAAGGGCCAAAAUCAUCGGUCGGUCGAAUUGGCAGAAUUGAUUGCAAUUUUAAGAGAGGACUCCCCCGUCAAGAAACCGUCACAUACUGUUAGAGUCGGAAGCUCCUCAGUCCGUCUUUACUUCCCGGGAGUAAUGGGAACCGAUGUUUUUACAGGACAUUCCAGACUCCAGGCCGCUUUCAAAGUACAUAUCGAUGAAACUUUUACGCCAGAAGAACUGCAGAACUUCAUCAGUUGGAUCCAUUCACUAAGCCCUAGGGCGGGGCUUAGUUUAGACGCCGUUUACGAAACAGGCUCGAUGUGUUUAAUCGUACGGGGAUCAUAUGCAACCUUUUCGAAGCUUAAUGGGAUUCCUGGUAUUUCUCUCAUCUGUGAAACUGGUUCGGGUAAUCUCCUUAAUGCAGGAUCUGCUCCCCGUGCAGGUGUCGGGCUUUCUUCACGGGAUCCGAAUGAUUCUCGCGCUCUCCAUGGAGUCGAAAACAUUCCCUUGCACUCAAAGCAUUAGCCCAAGCAAGUGGCGACGCAUGGAGGACAGUUAAUGGUUAUGAGCGUAAGAGGGAUGUUCUCCUAGAACUGUGUGGUAAGUGUAUUCAUAAGACUGUCUUGCACCGAAUACAUUAGCCCAAGCAAGUGCAACACAUGGAGGACAAGAGGGAUGUUC